AUGGCGGCGCAACCUGUGCGAGGUCUCGUGAAGUUCAUCACGGACCUGAACGGCCUCUCCACCGGCCGGGAGCGCAACCACCGCGUCCGGGAGGAGCUGUCCAAAAUCCACUCUCGCUUCGAUGAGCGCGGCAUGAGCGGCUACGAGAAGAAGAAGUGCAUGCUGAAGCUGUUGUACAUCCAUAUGCUGGGUUACGAUGUGGAUAUCGGUUACGUGGAAGCUGUCCAGCUGAUGGCUUCGGCGUCCUACCAGGAGAAGGCAGCCGGUUACAUGGGCGUGGAGGUGUUACUCGGGGACUUGAAGGACCUGCGGCGCAUGGCGAUAAACACUACGCUGGAAGAUUUGCACAGCACCGUCGAACACGUGCAGGCGCUUGCGCUGAACCACAUCGCCAACAGCUGGUGCGAGGAACUCCGGGAGCGCCUCUUCGACGACGUGCUCAAGAUGCUCCAUGUGCUUCCGCUGGAAUCGUCCAUGCUGAGAAAGAAGCUGUACAUGUGCGUCCUGCAGUUCCUGCGCCUCAAUAGCAGGCUCUUCCCGCUGCCGGACUGGAAGCGGAAGAUGUUCGACCUACUUUCGCAGGAGACGGACUUCGGUUGCCUCAUGUCCCUGACGAACUUGCUGAUGGAGUUCGUGCGCAUCAAGCCCGACGCCUGGGACCACUGCGUGCCGUUGAUAAUCGAGGCUCUGAUGCGCUUGCUGUCCGGCACCGUGGUGGGCGAGAGCUACUACACGUUGAACUCGCCGUGGCUGUUGUGGAAGCUGCUGAACGUUCUCGCCAUCGUACAGCCGAACCCUAACGCGCGCUAUACCCACACGCUCAUUCACGUAAUCGGCAGGCUGGUUGAUCGUAUGGUAUCGAUUACGGUCCCGAUGUCCAGCCGUUCGCUGGCGGGUGGAAAGGGAGUCCCCGAUAGGGCUGAGAUGAUGGCCUGGCUUCUGCACAUGUCAAUCGCCCUGGAGACGGUGCGCGUCAUAGUGGUUUGGGUGCCUUAUAUGCCAUCGUUUUCCUUGGAGCCCAUUACAGACUUUCUGUCCCGUCUGCUCUCGUCCCGGUCGUCGCACGUGUACGUGAACGGCCUGGAGAUGGCGGAGAAGAUGCUGGACAAUGAGCAGCUGGUGGUGGCGCUGAAAGAGCGGCUGCCGCAGUUCCUGCGCCUUUUCGCUUCCAACGAUCCCACUGUCAAGUGCCGGACCCUGUGGGUGGUUUCGCGCCUUUGCGACAAGGACAACUGGAACCAGGCCGUGCCGGAGAUGCUAUCAGUUUUGCGCAAUUCCGAUGUGCCAACGCAGAACUUUGCCGUACCGCUGCUUCUGGACGCCCUGGAGCGCUGCGUGCCUCCAAGCUCCCUAUACGUCGACUUCGUUUUCAAGAUGGCGCAGUACGUGCACGACGAAGCCGUUAUGGAGGGAGUGCCUGCUAUACUUCACGGCAAACCGGUGCGUUUCGGGGAGCUUUUGGCGUCAAGGUGCAUGUCGGCGUUGGCGCAAGGCCCCGUUAACGACGCCCUGUUGCGGAUAUGUGCCACCAGCCUCGGCGAAUACGGCCACUUGAUCGAAAACGAGUUCUCCUUCAGCGAGCAGGCAACCAUGCUGCAACGUUUCUUCCCGUUGGGUUCCGGGUGCACCCAGUCGAUUGUGCUGACCACGCUGGCAAGACUCGCCGCCAGGGACAAGUCACUUUGGGAGAAGGUGGAGCGUUUCCUCGAUUCGCAAGCCGUUCACCCUGAUGUCUGUGUACAGUCCACAGCGUGUGAAAUACUGCGCCUCAUGAUGCUGGGCAACUCGGUGUUGGAGAGCGUCGUUAUCGGCGACCGUGGCAAGUAUGGCGCAAUUGAUGCGAUUGAAUCCGUCGAGCCUAGAGUGUUGAGCAUCGCCGAUGUGGGUAAAACCAGGUUAUAUAAUCGCAACGCGGUUGCUACUCGUCGUCAAGUACGAUCUGCAUCCGCAUCUUCUUCCUCGUCAUCCAGGUCAAGCAGCUCUACCUCAUCUAGCUCGUCCGACACCCCGGCCCCGGAGUCCUCUAUGAGCUUCGAGGAAGAUGCGGGCGACGGCCGUCUGCUGCGCGAGCGCAUGCUGUCCGACUCACCCGGAGCGUUGUUCGACGACGGUGUGCUGUCGGUCUGGGUGGAGCAGGCCUACCGCCGGUCCGAAGCCAAAUUGAUGGUCAGGCUAACAGUGAGCGUCCGCAGUGCGCGGGCUGUCAGGUGUAUACAUAUAACCAGCACGUCGUUACGCUGUGAUUCCGGGCUGCAGGGAGCUGAACACAAUACGGUCGAGGGUAGGCUGGGACCGGGUGAAGAGAUAGGCCACCGCCUCUCAUUUGUGCUUCACAGGGCGUAUUCGGACCUACCUAUCUACAAAGUGCGCUAUGUCGUGCAGCGAGCAUCUGGUCGCAAGGAGGACAGCGAGGUUAGCUUCCGCCUGCCGGUUGGAAUACACAAGUUCGUCACGCCGCUGAUCGCCGGCGAGGACCAUUUCGACAGCAUCUGGUCAUCUCUCCGGGAACACGAGGCGUCGCGCGACAUCGCCGUCGGCUGCAGCAUGUCCGCCGCCUGUGAGAUAGUGCGGCGUUGCGUGCGUGCGCACGUGGUAGAGGAGUCCGAGAGCGACUCGUGGUUCGCAUGUUCCUGCGAGUGUGCCAACAAAUCUAGUAUCGUUUGCGCUGGCCGUUUACGCGCGUUUCCGAGCAGGCUGCGACUGUCACUUGUCGUGCGGUGCUCCAGCGCGUCAGCGACCGCAAGUCUCUGCCUUAUCGUGGCAAGAGCAUUAGAAACGGCUUCCUACGGCCGCUUAUCGCCGUAA